AUGGAAGAAAUCCAGCACCUGAGAGGGUUCGACGACUUGACGACAUUUUGGGCUCAGGAGCCUCCCGAAUCGACUGUCACGCCCACUGCUCUUAGGGCUCCAGAACUGAUUUUGGGUGGAACGAUCGACUCAAGCAUUGAUAUCUGGAGUUUUGGCUGUCUCAUCUUUGAAAUGUUGACUGGAGUUUCGUUGUUUUCUGUGAUGGUGCUCCUUGACGACGAUCGAGAAACAACCGACGACGAACAUCUCCUCCAAAUGAACGACCUCUUAGAGCCUCUUCCAGAUAUCUGGCUUCAAGAAAGAUGGCCUCGAGCUAAAAACUAUUUCGGCUCUGGACGGGAGAGGUUGGGUCCAACGCACGUCGACCAAGACAAACCUUAUAUUGAUGAUCCUUUGGAAGUGCGGUUCGAGGAGCAUAAGCCGAAUGAUGUUGAUGAUGAAGAGGCACACUUGAUCACGUCGCUCAUUCGAAGUAUUCUGAAGUAUGAGCCAUCGCAAAGACCGACCGCAGAGGAACUAUUGAGGCACCCAUGGUUUCAAGAGUGA